GGCUCAGCCCCGGCGGGCAGGGCAAGGCAGGGCCGGACCAGAGGGGGGGCCGUGAGGCGGGUGGCACCCCCCUUCUCUCUUCUUCCUCCUCCUCUUCCUUCUCCUCAUAACUUGGCCGCGGCGGCGCGGAGCGCUGCGCUUCGCCCUCCGCCGGCGGCGGGGGAUGCGGUGGCGGGAUGGCCUCGGCCGUGUUUGAGGGCACCUCGCUGGUGAACAUGUACGUGCGGGGCUGCUGGGUGAACGGGAUCCGUCGGCUCAUCAUCAGCCGGCGGGGCGACGAAGAGGAGUUUUACGAGAUUCGCACCGAGUGGUCGGACCGCAACAUCCUCUACCUGCACCGCAGCUACUCCGACCUCGGCCGCCUCUUCAAGCGGCUCCUUGACUCCUUCCCCGAGGACCGACCCGAACUGUCCCGCUCCCCCUUGCUCCAAGGGCUCAUCACAAUAAAAGAAGCCCAUGAUAUAGAAGCCAGACUUAAUGAAGUGGAAAAGCUCCUGAAGACUAUUAUAAACAUGCCUUGGAAAUAUUCAAGAUCUGAAGUUGUCCUCACAUUCUUUGAGAGAUCUCCUUUGGACCAAGUUCUAAAAAAUGACAAUGUCCAUAAAAUUCAGCCAAGCUUUCAAAGUCCAGUUAAAAUAUCAGAAAUCAUGCGAUCAAAUGGAUUUUGUUUAGCCAACACCGAAACAAUAGUCAUUGACCACAGUAUACCCAACGGAAAAGAGAAGCACCUGGAUGUAGAUUCAGCAGAACACUUGUUUGAAAGUGUUAGUGACUUUACUUCAGAGCUAGAAGACAGUGAUGAUCCAACAGCUUAUGUCACCAAUUUGACAUACUACCACCUGGUCCCAUUUGAGACUGAUAUUCUGGACUGAGGCUGCUCGGUGACUCAGUCAGCCGUUAUCCAGCCGAUCUCUUCGUCCACAGGCUCUGCUAUCUCUGGCGUUGCAUCUCUGUGAAUAAGGCUGUGCAGGCAAGACCAACAGCAGAGAAGUUGCAGCAAGUACACCACAAAGCUGGUUUUGUAGUCUGGCCCUCCCGUUGUGUGUUGUGGAGACAUCUUGUAAGGAGAUAACUGCUUCGCUGUUGACAACAAACUCAUUUUCUGUGAAAGCAAGGCAGCAGAGGCCUCUUGGGGCUCAAGGAAAUCUCUGCGACGUCUGUGGGAGCUGCCACUUUGACACAGCCAUGGGAAACUUGUGCUGUACUGCGCUCUCACCCAUGCUCCUUGGCUUGCAGAACAAGUUGAGGCUUCCUCUUUUAGAAUACCACCAGAAACUUCCCCAGAUGGCGUGACCACACUUUUUAUGCUACGUAAGCGACAAGGCAAGCAAACCAGCUGAAUUUUGUCAGUUCCCUCCGUGGUUGCUUAAUGGAGGUCUCGUGGGUCACUUAUUGCGCAGCUACCAGACGACUGGUGCCUUACACGAGAUGUCAGAAACACCAUUGAGUGCCUCCAGGAAACAGAGCACAUGAGCUGACUGCUUUACUUCUUUAAAUCAUGGGGUUUUAUAUAUUCACGGAAGAGGCAACUACUCUUUCCUGGAAGAGUAAAGCAGACAGCAGCUGGCAUUGCAGUGGACUCUGCAUGAUGUUUGGGUACCCGUGUGAUUUCAGAGAUCUGGAAAGCUGAUGGGAAAGCUGAGAGGCCCCCUGCUAAGAACGAUCAAGGUUAUGACAGACACUUGGAUAUGAUUUUUUUUUCAUGUGGACCAGCCAAUGUGAAUGGUGCUUACAGUUGUUUACAUCAGAGAAAUAAUUCCCUAUGCAUAUUUCUCCCCAGAGGAUGGGGAGGAAGGCAAUGAGAUUUAUGUCACUGUGUUUGGACUGGAAAAAGAACAAUAAGCUACAGUGUGUCUACAGUGGCAGGAAAAAAGCUCUCUCCCCUGCCAGCUUGGCUCAAGGAGUCUGUCCGGCUUUCCAAGAUCUGUCUGCAGGGCCAGGUACAGGCUUUCUUGUCCUGUAAUGCCAUGGAUUUCAGCAGAGGUAGGACAGUGGGAGCAAGAGCGGGGUUGGACCCUGCAGCCUCCUGACUACUGAGGAGUGACACGUGAAAAUCUCCUCGGGGUCUCUCUCUUGUGGAGCGUUCUGAAAUCCCGGCUCUCACUGGGAGGGAUCAACACUCGACAACACGAAUUUUUGUUGAGGUUUUUGCGAUCUGAUUGCAAACAUGGGUUUGAAGGGAUCAAAAUGGGAAGGAAUGCAUUUUGGACUGGUUUCUUGGUAAAAGGGCUUGCUUGGUCCCGAAGAGGUUGACACAAUCCCCUUCUGCAGACUUUUGAUUUAUAACUAUAGAAUAACGGUCAAACAGAAUUUGCUAAUGUAAAUAAUAAAUUAUUGAGAAUCCUGAUUCUUUUACACGGUAUGUUUUUAAAAUAUAUUUUAAUGAAAUAAAAUAUAACUCAACUUCAGUAUAAUUCUGCACCUUAAAA